CAAUAUACUACACUAAACUCCUGCUAGACCACGACAGCAAAUCCGAAAGACCACCGGAGAAGCAACUGUUUCUUUUCCCGUUUCCUAUCCGCCAUCGUGAGGGAGGUUGAAACGAUCGCCGGGAAAAUGAAGACCCGCUUCCCAACUCUCGCUUCCCUAUUGCUCAAAUCCACCCACCGCCCCUCUCACGCCACCUUAUUGCCUCUUCAUUCCCAUCUUCUCAAUCCGCAAUCCUUCUCCUCCGCUUCGUCCAUCCCUCCUUCAUCCCCUUCUUCUCAUCCAUACCCGCGAACUUUGGAGGGAUUGCGUAGCAGGCUAGCUGCCGAGUCGCCGACGCUGUCUGACUUCACGCGGCUCCAAUCGGACCAUGAAUACUCCGUCGAGGUCGGAACGAAGAAGAAGCCGCUCCCGAAGCCCCAGUGGAUGAAGGAAGCGAUUCCUGGAGGAGAGAAGUACACGCGUAUCAAGAAGAAAUUGAGAGAGUUGAAACUGCACACGGUUUGCGAAGAGGCUAAAUGUCCCAAUUUGGGAGAAUGCUGGUCCGGCGGUGAAACCGGAACUGCCACUGCGACAAUUAUGAUCCUUGGGGAUACUUGUACUCGAGGGUGCAGGUUCUGCAAUGUAAAGACUUCACGCACCCCACCCCCUCCUGAUCCAGAUGAACCAUAUAAUGUGGCUGAGGCAAUUGCUUCAUGGGGUCUGGAUUAUGUUGUGAUAACUAGUGUUGACCGUGAUGAUUUACCUGACCAAGGAAGUGAUCACUUUACCAAAACAGUGCAGAAGCUAAAGGAAUUGAAGCCGGAUAUUCUUAUUGAAGCACUUGUUCCAGACUUUAGAGGGGAUCCUAGUUGUGUUGAGAAAGUUGCAAAGUCUGGAUUAGAUGUUUUUGCUCAUAAUAUUGAAACGGUUGAAGAACUUCAGAGUGUUGUACGAGAUCACCGUGCUAACUUUAAGCAGUCCAUGGAUGUUUUGAUGAUGGCCAAGGAUUAUGCUCCUGUUGGUACGCUAACCAAGACAUCCAUAAUGUUGGGUUGUGGAGAAACACCUGAUCAAAUUGUUAAAACAAUGGAAAAGGUGCGGGCCGCUGGUGUUGAUGUCAUGACAUUUGGUCAGUACAUGAGACCUUCAAAGCGGCAUAUGCCUGUAUCAGAAUAUGUAACUCCCGAGGCUUUUGAGAAGUAUCGACUUCUUGGGAUGCAAAUGGGAUUUCGGUAUGUAGCGUCUGGUCCCAUGGUGAGAUCAUCAUACAAGGCUGGGGAGUUUUACAUCAAGUCUAUGAUCGAAUCCGAUCGUGCUGCAUCUUUGCCCUAGCCCCCCCUUAUUUUAUGACCAUAUAUUAUAGGUGAAAGUCAUACGAAUAAUCCCUACUUUAUGGAAAUCUACAAUAAUACUUCCUACUCAAAGUAUUCAUAAAAAUAAUCCGAAUUAAAUGGGUGUGGAUUCAAAUUAAUGGGUGUUUAGUACUCCAACCCCUAUCUCCACUUUAUCAAAUAGUGGUAAGAAGAACAAGGGUAUUUUUGAAAAUCCCACUUGCUAAGUCACCUUAAGAGGCAGAAUGGACCUAUGUAAAUUUCAUAUAAUCUUCUAUUUUUGUGGGUGCCAUCAUGAGUUGAGAUUGCUUUUGUAAUAUUUCAAGUACUGAUUAUUAUUGUAGAAUCAUUGAAAGUAAGGAUUUUUCAUAUGAAUUUUGCCUAUAUUAUACUCCAUUACACUUUAUUCAGCUUGCAUUGAUUCAUUUACAAGUUGUUCACCCCCGGUUAUCUUGGUGCAAGCAAGGUGGCCGUUUGUUCAUCUGUAGCAAGAUUAGCAAAAUGGCAGGUAUCACAUACAACAUAAUGGAUAUAUGCGUGUGAAUAGUAUGAUAUUGAACCCAUGGUUGAUUUAAAGCAUUACUGUUCAAAAUAAUUUCUUGCUUGUAUUUGUCAUUGGUUGGAAAUUGAAUUUCAGAUAGUACGUAGUACGUACAACUUGUUCUAUUGGUAGUGCGUUAUAUUCUAUAGGCCUCAUUUGGAAUUACUUCUAAUUCAUAGAAACUCUCUUGUUCCUGAAACUGAUGUGCGCUGCACAGGUUCGAAUACAGAUAUCUGGAAAUUAGGGAAUUCAUGGAUUUUGUCAAUCCCUCAAAUUGUGGUCAAUCAUGUUCCAGUGCCCGUUGGUUUGAGUAAUUCCUGGGAUUUUGGUGAUUCAUUUUACUCAAGAUGUUAUCUACUCCCUUUGACCUCUGUCCCAUUUUAAUUUUAGGCUUUUCUUUAUGACCCGUUCCUAAUUAAUCACUCUCUUUGUUUGGAAGGAAAGAAUUGUGAGGCUUGUAGUAUUCUUUGCUUUCUAAAUAAAUUUUUAUCACAUAAUUUCAUUUCUUAAAUGACCUGCAAAGCCAACGUGGGGAAAAAAUGAAAAUGACUUGAUGGAAAGCAUCUGUUAAAACUGUGGUUGAUCGGAACAAGAGCUAGUUUGUGUAGUUCAUGCUGUUUAGAAGUAGCCGUUUGGUUUCUUUUCAGUGUGCCAGUUUAUUUGCUGUCAAUGUAGAAAGUUUUGUUUAAGCAUCCUGUAUUCGUUGAGGAUUUCAAAUUAUUGCAUUGUCUAUUAUGUUUUCUAAUUAUAAUGUUAUCUUUACUAUUAUUAUUGAUUGUGAUAGCAGAAGACUUUCCAAAUGAUUUGUACAGCUGUUUUCGUGGGUUGCCAAAUGUGAUAAUUUGAACGGGGAUUGCGUAAAGAACAUCAUUGUUUCCUGAAGGGAUAAAGUGGGGACUAUUGACCGUUAGGAAUACAUACCCUAGAAAUGUAAAUGGCCAGACAAUCCUUUUCGGGAUUCUUUAAUUUUGAAAGUGAUCACUUUUUUAUAAGUAAUGAUUGUAUAUUCCGACACUUGAAGUUUCUUUAAUGAAAGAGCUUGUUGGGAAAUAUUUGGGAUGAUUUAAAUUUAGACACAUAUAUGUAAUGAGGUUCUAUAAAGUUGGAAAAUUGUGGAUGUAUGAAUGUACUACUCCGUAUCAUUUACUUCAA